ACUACGGUAGCGGUGGCUGGUUGUGGCGGCGGUGGUGGUGGGAGGACCUUACCACCUUGCAACACGGGGAUACCUUUACAAAAGCACGCGCCACCAUGAGGAUAUCCGCCCCCUCCUGUCUCUGUCCCUUUCUGGUCUGCCUCUGUUUCAUCCAGAGGUGCUACGGGGCGAGCCACCACCUCCCCGCCAAAGUGCCCUCUUUCAGGAACGGGACCAAACUGGCCAACGGGGAGACGGAGGUGCAUCACAGGCCGAAGCGCGGCUGGAUCUGGAACCAGUUCUUUGUUUUAGAAGAACACCUGGGAACAGAAGCACAGUAUGUUGGAAAGCUUCACUCUAACUCGGACAAAGGCGAUGGAUCCGUCAGGUACAUUCUGAGCGGGGAUGGAGCUGGGAAUAUAUUUGUUAUCGACGAAGUGACGGGGGAUAUUUCCGCCACCAAAAGCUUGGAUCGAGAAAGUAAAUCGCAUUAUGUCCUGCAUGCACAAGCCUUGGACCGCAACACAGAGGAGGCGCUGGAACCAAAGUCGGAAUUCAUCAUCAAAGUACAAGACAUCAAUGACAAUGCACCAACAUUUCCAGAUGGACCCGUUGUAGCUACGGUGCCGGAGAUGUCUGAAUUGGGCACUUCGGUGUUGCAAGUAACUGCGUCUGAUGCUGACGAUCCCACCUACGGAAACAGUGCCAGAAUAGUCUACAGUGUUCUACAAGGACAGCCAUAUUUCUCCAUCGACCCCAAAACAGGCAUCAUCAGGACGGCCUUAUCUGAGAUGGACCGGGAAGCCAGAGAACACUACACCGUCGUUAUCCAAGCCAAAGACAUGGCGGGUCAGGUGGGGGGGCUCUCCGGCUCCACCACCAUCAACAUCACGCUGACGGAUGUGAACGACAACCCACCAAUGUUCCCCCAAAAAAAUUACCAGCUGUACGUCCCUGAAUCGGCUCAAGUAGGAAAACCGGUGGGGAAGAUCAAAGCCACUGAUGAGGACCUUGGCAUCAAUGCAGAUAUCAAGUACAGCAUCAUUAAUUCCGAAGGGGCCAACACGUUCUCCAUCUCCACGGAGAGGGACACGAGAGAGGGGAUCAUAAGCCUCAAAAAGCCUCUGAACUAUGAGAGAAAGAAGACCUACACUCUUCACAUCGAGGGGACCAAUACACAUGUGGAUCCACGUUUCUCUUAUCUCGGCUCCUUCAAAGACACCGCCACCCUUAAAAUCACAGUGGGGGACGUGGACGAAGCGCCCGUAUUCUCCAUAGAUCAUUACAUCAUGGACGUGUACGAGAACUCGCCGAGCGGCACGGAGGUGGGCGCCGUAACGGCUCGAGACCCCGACAGCAGGAACAGUCCUGUUAGGUACUUCUUGGACAGCAAAGAGGAAGGAGUGCGGUACUUCAGGAUCGAUGAGAACAGUGGAUUAAUACGGACUACUCAGUCUCUGGACAGAGAAGACAUGUCCUGGCACAAUAUAACUGUGAUGGCCUCGGAGGUUGACAACCCCAGCUUCCUCAGCCAUGUUCCUGUUACCGUCCAGGUGCUGGAUGUGAACGACAACCCGCCAGAAAUAGCUACAGACGAGGAGGUCAUUGUGUGUGAGAGCUCCAGGCCGGGACAGGUGAUCCAGACCGUCACUGCAGUGGAUAAGGAUGACUUUGCCAAUGGACAGCGCUUCUCCUUCGCUUUCCCCAGCCAACUGCCGGUUAAUCCCAACUUCACCCUGAAGGACAACGAAGACAGCUCGGCCAGCAUCAUUGCCAGGCGGAGGCGCUUCAACCAGCAGACCCAGGAGCUGUACGAGCUGCCCAUCGUGGUGUGGGACGGCGGGGAGCCCUCUCUGAGCGGCACCAGCACCCUGACCCUGAGGGUGUGCCCGUGCCAGCGCCACGGCAGGGUCCGGAUGUGCCAAGGCGAGGCGUUCCUCUCCUCCGCGGGGCUCAGCACCGGAGCACUGAUCGCCAUCCUGCUGUGCAUCGUCAUCCUGCUGGUCAUUGUGGUUCUCUUCAUCACACUGAGGCGGAGCAAGAAGGAGCCGCUUAUAAUCUCUGAAGAGGACAUCCGAGAGAACGUAGUCACGUAUGACGAUGAGGGCGGAGGCGAGGAGGACACCGAGGCCUUCGACAUCAUCGCCCUUCGUAACCCCUCUGCCGCCGAGGAAUUCAAGUUCCGACGGGACAUUCGGCCGGAGAAAAGAAAACACUGCGCGCUCCCCCGCAGCCACCGGGCCGCAGCAGUGGAGCUGGACGAGUCGGAUGUGCACGAGUUUAUCAGGCAGAGACUGGUGGAGGCCGACAUGGAUACCAGCGUGCCGCCUUACGACUCUCUCCAGACCUACGCCUACGAGGGCCAGGGCUCCCCCACGGGCUCCGUCAGCCCUUUAGACACUCCCGGAACACAAUCAGAGCAGGAUUAUAACUACCUAGACGACUGGGGGCCCCAGUUCCAGAAACUGGCAGAACUCUACGCAGAGGCAGAGUCAGAGGUGACCGCCUAGUCUGGGAUAUCCCUCCUGUUUGAAAUACAUUUUUCAAAAAGCAAACUAUACGAACAAACAGAUGCUUUCAAACUGUUCCGGGGGUUUACAACUGUUGAACUAAAAAGACUGCUCUAUCCUUUUUUUUUUUUUUCAUUUUGUCAGUUUGAGCCAUUCAUCUGGAAGUAUCGAAUCAGAUUUUGAGAGUGAAGAACAACAAUAUGGGGGGGAAAGGAUAUUUUCCUUGGUGUAUAUUUUUUAUUGCUCAAUAAAGUCCUGAAAUCCA